GAAAAGUUCAACAUGGCGGCGCAUUAGCUAACUUUACAAGUUUUACUGUGUUUACUAAGGACUUCUUCCUUGUACUGCGUUACUGAUUUACAAUGGCACAACAGUAUAAACUUAGCAACGACGAACAAUUAUGGGUUAUGGUACAGGUACGUGAAGGACUGAUGACUGUUGAUGACGCUCUGCAGUAUGUGUACAAGCAACACUGCGACGAAAUAAUCGACGAAACGAGCAACGAAAACGAAAAUAUGAGCAAUGCAAACCAGCGAGGCGAAAGCGAUUCGAAUCAGAAUCAAACUGUAAACAAGAAUUUCUUCUUACAAAAAUUUGGACGACGGAGUUCAAAACAAUCAUCCGCCAGUGGGAUAUUUGGCAACACUUUUUCCAAGAAAGACAAACAUAAAACACCGGUUUUCUACAAUGAUGCUGAGAAAAAAAGUGAAGAGAGUGCGGAGGGGGUUAUUAAAUUGAUGUUAGCUGAAGGUGUGAUAGGAGAGGAUGACGUCAAAAAGGCAAAACUUGCGAUUGGAAAUUCUGAUGAAUACAAGGAAGGGGAUCUCGAAAGACUCAUCAUUGCAAACUUAGUCAAGCACGGCCGGAUGUGUAUUGAUGAUGCCAUGAGAUAUGCAUCAAAUAUUAUAAUUGCUGAGUCCGCUAAACGAGAGGCAGAAGCCAUCAUGGAAGCUGAACAUGCUUUGAAAGACAAAAAACUAUAUAAUUUUGGAGUUUAUAAAUAUUAUAAAAAUAAAAGUAGCCAAAGAAGAAUUCUACAGAUUGAUUUUCAGAGUUCCUUGAUCUUGAACAUCCAGAAAGGUAACUUGAAUCGGAAAUUCAAAUUUGCCCAAGUUUCUCACUAUGAAAGCGAGGAAGGAACAAAAUUCUUCAUAUAUUUUUCUGAUUACCAUGAAUAUGAGCUGGAGGCUGAUAACCUGGAAGAGAAGGAGAAGAUUUUAAGAUUGCUCCAGAUAAUAGUAGAGCAAAACAAAACAUGGUAUACAGGAUUUGAUCCUAUGCCGAGAGAAAGAUUACCAAGUCUCCCAAGAUGUCAGGCAAUCAUUAAAGAAGGUGAACUAGAAAAAAAAAGCAGUAAACACAGAGGUCCAUGGGUCAAACGUUGGAUUCGUAUACGGCCGGGGGAAUUAUCUUACUACAAGCUUGGUGAAGACAGACAGACAGCCUUGAAUAUUAUCCAGUUAGCUGAUGAGAACACCAAUAUCAGUAAAGUCGAUUACAAUCAGUUUAGCAUUACAACAAGAAGUAAAGUUUACUAUUUCAGGAUUUGUAGUAGUAACCACAAACCUAUUGACAUAAACAAAACUAGAGAAGAUUGGUGGAAGGCAUUAAAGGCGGGUAGUAAAGAUAGAAGAUCAGCUCUUAGUGACGAGUCUGAUGAUGACGUAUUCUCUUUUAAUAAUGAUAUAUUAACUACUGAGAGUGUAUUAUCACAGAACCAAGGAAUAACAUCAACAAUUAUGGGUAUCCAGGAGGAAUUGGAAAAGUUGAACUCUGUGCUUGGCAUAGUGAAUGUACAAAGUGAAGCCAGUCACAGCAUACAGAGAUUACAAGAACUAAGUAAGACAUUGGAGUCACAUAUCAAGAGACCCUUGCCACAAAGACCGAUAGCUUUUGGUAAUCGGGCUAGUGCCACAUCAACCGAUACCUACCAGUCUAUCUCGGAUACUUCAUCUCAAAACAGUGACUUUUCAUCAAACGACCAACAAAGAGAACGAUAUGUAUCGGAUCCAACAAAAUUGAAACUGCCAGGGGAUGAUAUAACACAUAAUGGCAUUCAAGGAGAUAAUGAACUUGAAAUCAUUAAUAGUGCGUCUGAACCUGAAGAUGUACAAUUGAAUAGAACUGAACCAUCUACGUCAAUAUCUGCAUCUCCAUCUCCACCGCCACCAACAUCAGAGUCAACAGAGUCAACCAAUGAGUCAUCUCAACCGCCGUUAUCUCAACCGUCUUCAUCUCGAACGGCUCCACCCCCUCCACUUCCUCCACUUGCACCCCCAUCUCCACCACCACCACCACCACCACCUCCUCCUCCUCCAGGACCAGGGGGGAUUCCGCCGCCUCCACCGCCGCCGCCACCACCUCCAAAUAUUGGAGGACCGCCACCACCUCCACCACCACCAGGCACACCUCUAAGUCUUCUUUGGGGUUCACUGCCAACAAAAAACACAGUCAAAGCAAGUGUCAAAAUGAGACCAUUUCAUUGGUUCAAAGUACCACCAAAUAUGAUAAAAAAGUCUGCUUGGGAUAAAGUUGAUGAUCUGACGGAUAAAAUAGAUAAAGCUCUAUUAGAGAGUUUGUUUUCAGCAACCAAUAAUGUGCAAUUAGUGACAUCCGAUUCAAUGAAAAAGAAGUCCAAAACUAGAUUACUAGAUCCUAAACUUUCUCAGAAUAUUGCUAUAUUCUUGAGUGGAUUCAGAGUAGAACCCCAAGAAUUGAGAGCACGUCUUACAUACUUAUCUGAGGAAGAUGGAGGACUAAGUGUAGAGCAUCUCAAUAUUCUGAGAAGAUACCAACCAACGAUGGAUGACAUUGAAAUGUACAAACAAUAUAAAGGAGACCCUGCUGAGUUGGAAGCAACUGAUCAGUUCAUGAUGCAACUGUGUGAGAUACCAUCACUGAAAUCAAGAUUAGAUUUAUUACUCGUAGUGAACGAAUUCCCGCUGGCAUUUGAGGAACUGAAACCUACUAUAGAAACAGUGCUACUUGCUUGUAAAGAACUCUACAACAGCGAUAGUUUUGUGUCAGUCUUAGGUUAUGUGCUCACAGUCGGUAACUACAUGAAUAAUAGCAGCAGUAAAGGUACUGCAUAUGGAUUUAAACUGGAAGCCCUGAACAAGUUGGCGGACUGCAAGGGUCAUAACAAGAAGUACAGUUUGUUACAGUAUGUAAUAGAACAGAUAAACAAUAACGAUCCAACACUUCUAGGAUUUACUGAAGAACUGACGCAUGUGGAAAAAUCAGCUGGUGCCUCAAUAAUGGCGUUGACUGCUGAAGUGGACGUCAUGAAGAAAGACUUAACAAGGAUGCGAAAAAGCGCUGUACAGUUGACGAAGAGUAAAGUGUGUUCACCUCAGGACAAAAGAUUCUGUAAACAAGUCGAGGAUUUUGUUUCCACUUAUGAGCAAAAGUUAAAGAUGUUACAUCAUAAAUGUGAAGAAAUGAGGAGUCUUUACGGUAAAGUUCUGAUAAUGUAUGGUGAAACAGCAGAUAAACCAUCUGAAGAUUUUUUUUCAUGCAUCGCUGAUUUUUCAUCACAGUUUCGAAAAGCUGUGGAGGAUUACAACAUCACACCACCAGUCAGUCCAGCUCGCGAGAUGGCCAAUAUCAUGAACUCAUGCCUUGAUCACUCGUAUGAAGAGCUGGUGCAGACUGACAACCAAACACCGCCAUCUUCAAAAAAAUCACCCAAGGGUUCACCAACGAAGACGUUCCCAGUUAAAGGUGCAAUGAGGAAAACUAUAGGGAAUGUGGGCACCUCUGAACCAACAGAUGAAGAGCGCACACCAACUAGACAGAAGCAAAGGCCACAGAGUAGUAUACUAUCUACACCAACACCACCACCAGUCAUUCAUCAUUCGGUUUACUCACGCGAUAACUUAAAAGCUUCUCCGCUCUCUGGAAGACCGACUCAUGAAGGCUACUUGGAGAAACUGAGUAAAGGCAGGUUAUUUGCGCCACAGUGGGAAUCAAGAUUUUUUGAGCUGACACAAACAGGACACUUACAUUAUUAUAAGAAAAAACAUGAUAAAUUGCUUGGAUCAAUCUACUUGAAGGGGGUACCCGCUGGCACGGAAGAAGACAAGAAGGUGAUCAUUUUGGAGACAGAGGAUAGGACGUACAGGCUGCGAGCUGAUAGCGAAGAAGAUGCUGUUGUAUGGCUGGAAAAGAUAUUUUGUUACACAUCAAGGCAAUAA